AUGGCCGGAUUAGUCACCUUUUCCAAGCGUAGAUUUGGGAUCUACAGAAAAGCUACUGAGCUUGUCACUUCAAUUGGAGCAGAAAUUGUGCGCAUACAUCACUUUUUCACCCCAGGAGGUAAGCCAUUUUCUUUCGACCAUCCUUCAUUUGAACAUGUCAUUAAUCGUUUUCUUGAGGGUCCAUCAAACAUAGAUAGCACUCAAGCCCUUUGGGAGGCAUAUGGGAUGGAACGAGGAUUGAAGAGCAAAUCCUAA